AGACGGACCCACAGACGCUGCUUUCAGAGACAAAAUGGCUUCCAUGUCAGAGGAGGAUUUCUGCUGUUCGGUCUGUCAUGAAGUCUUUAGAGAUUCUGUUUUUCUGUCAUGUAGCCACAGCUUCUGUAAAGACUGUCUGAAGAGCUGCUGGACAGAGAAACCAACACAUGAUUGUCCAGUUUGUAAGAGAACAUCUUCAAGGCCAGAACCACCUCGUAACCUGGAGUUAAAGAAGCUGUGUGAGAGUUUCUUACAGCAGAGAGAUCAGAGAGCUUCAGAGGCUCUCUGCAGCCUGCACUCAGAGAAACUCAAACUCUUCUGUCUGGACCAUCAGCAGCCAGUGUGUCUCGUCUGCAGAGAUUCAGAAAAACACUCCAACCUCAUAAUCAAACCCAUUGAUGAAGCUGCACGACAACACAAGAAGAAACUUCAGGAAACUCUGGAGCCCUUAAAGAAGAAGUUAAAGGUUUUUGAACAAGUUAAAGUGAAGUGUGAUCAAACAGCAGAACACAUGAAGGUCCAGGCCGGACGCACAGAGAUGCAGAUUAAGGAUCAGUUUAAGAAGCUUCACCAGUUUCUAGAAGAGGAAGAGGAGGCCAGGAUGGCUGCACUGAGGGAGGAAGAGGAGCAGAAGAGUAUGAGGAUGAAGGAGGAGAUGGAGGCUCUGAGCAGAGAGAUAGCAGCUCUUUCAGACACAGUCAGAAUCACAGAGGAGGAGCUGAGAGCCGAAGACGUCUCAUUCCUGAUCAACUACAAGGCUGCAGUGGAAAGAGUCCAGCAGCGCCCCCUGCUGGAUGAUCCACAGCCGCUCUCAGGAGCUCAGAUAGACGAGGCCAAACACCUGGGCAACCUGUGCUUCAACAUCUGGAACAAGAUGAAGGAGAUGGUCUCCUACACUCCUCUGAUUCUGGACCCAAACACAGCUUAUCCAAACCUCAUCCUGUCUGAAGAUCUGACCAGUAUGAGAUGGGGAGAGUAUCAGCAGCUUCCUGAUAAGCCAGAGAGGUUUGAUUCUCUCGCCUCUGUCCUGGGCUCGGAGGGCUUUAACUCAGGGACUCACAGCUGGGAUGUCGAGGUUGGAAACAGUGCAGACUGGAUACUGGGGGUGUUAGCAGAGUCUGUUCAGAGGAAGGGAGACAUACGGUCUGGAUUAUGGACAAUAUAUUUCUCUAGAGGUAAAUACUCAGCGUGGUUUCCACCAGCUCCAAACACUGUUCUCCCAUUUGAGAAGCAGCUCCAGAGGAUCAGAGUGACUCUGGACUGGAACAGAGGAAAGCUGUCGUUCUCUGAUCCUUAUACUAACACACACAUACACACCUUCACACACACUUUCACUGAGAAGAUGUUUCCAUACAUUUUCACUGUGGAUGAAGUCCCACUGAAGAUAUCACCACUGAAGGUCUGUGUGACAAAACAACAGGUCUGAUAGAGUCUGUAGUUUUAGGGUGGUGAUAAUAAUAUUAAACAACUAUUCACUUCAUAACCCUCCUAACUCCAAAUACAGUCUGUAGGGUUUGAAAGCAUACAGCUUUUCACUGUGUCAACGUGUCGAUAUAUUGUUGGAUUUGUGUUUAAAAGGAGAUGAAUGAAACUAAACAAGAUGAAAUGGACUGUAUUACCUGUGCUACGGUGAGCAGGCCGUCUAAGUUGGAAUAAAUGGGUCACUGCACUGAAAGAUAUUCAAUGUAUGGACGUUCAUUUAUUGGCUGCCCAGAAGACACGUCAGAGCAAGUUCUUCCUUCAUCCCACCUCAUUGGCCUAAUGUAGGAGCUGUUAAAAGACUACAUACACCUUAACCGGGGUACGAUCGAGUUAAGCAUCUGCACAUGCUCCAUUCUGCCCCUCCCCACUCCUGCCCUGGAGUGGAUUUUACUUGAAAUGAUCCGCCAGCGCAACCCAUUGCUAUGAUACAACAAAACAAAACAGCGUUGCUCAGAUCAGCAGCGGCGGCAGCCUGCGGUCGGUCCAUCUGCAACAAUCCCCGCCGAGCAGCGGACACCGGGAGACGGCGGCAUGUCAUUCCCCCUUUCAUGUCUUCAGCUGUCCUGUCGAAUCAAGGCCUAAAAAUGCCCAAUUAAAAAUAUUUAAAAAAAGAAAAGAAAAAAAAAAAAUGUCAUCUAGGUCUUGGGGUAAGCACCCCCUGGGACAAAAAUGUGUAUUUCUGGUAAAUUAAUCAAUCUGGUGGAGAACAAUAGUUAUAUUAGACGCCUGCUGAUCGUCUGAUGUCCGUCUGAUGUGUAUGUGUGUCU